ACACCACAGACGUAAGAGCUGGUUGGCAGUUAGAGCAAAACUUCCUUUUUUCCCACAGAGGCUCUGUACGGAUCUCUAAACACGUCUCUUAUCUGGCGGACCGCUCUUACAGAAACUGUACAUGGACGAUCUCUAACAUGGAGGCUAGCAAACUCUGGCUAAUUCUAAUAUGCUGGGUUAUAAUCACAUUUUGGAUCAGUUUGGUUGCAUGCAAGCCGGAUAAAGAAUCCCUGAUGACCCGUCGAUGUGACAUCCAUAAUAACACGAACGGGACUGUUUUUGACUGCCAUCGCCGAAAGUUACGAGUCAUGCCCCAGGUUUAUUUGAACACCACCAGCCUUGACGCAUCUGAGAAUGAAAUCAGGAACCUAACAGCAGACUCACUGAAAGACUUGCAAAAAUUAAAGAAUCUCAGCCUGAACUGGAUGAACCACAAGCAAAAAGUGUCCGUCAGCAGGGGGGUUUUUACAAAUUUGUCAAACCUGGAAAUCUUGGCACUUAAUGGCAUUGGUCUGUCAGCGGUUCCAGCACAGCUUCCGAAUUCUCUGAGAGAACUGAGAUUGGACGAAAAUAACAUUUCGUUUCUAAGUCGCCAAAAUUUCUCACGAUUAAAAAACCUGACCCAUCUUUAUCUGUCCAAAAAUUGCUAUUAUGGGAGAUCCUGUUUGAUGCGUUUUGAAAUUGUUAAUGGAACUUUUUCAGACUUGUACAAGUUAAAACAUCUGAGUUUGUCAUACAAUAACAUCACUCAUGUUCCCAGAUAUUUGCCUGCCUCCCUAGUAACACUUGAACUUGCUUCCAACGUGAUAUCAUUCAUCGGAGAAGAUGAUUUCAAAGGUCUCUCAAAUCUUAAAACCCUUAAAAUCCAGGGGAACUGUCCUCGCUGUCACAAUGCUCCAUAUCCCUGCACUCCAUGUCAAAAUGGUUCUAUUGAUAUUCAUGAACAAGCUUUCAGCAACCUCAAAAAGCUCACUUUAUUGCAUCUUGCCGGGAAUUCCAUUUCUCUCAUCAAGAAAGCAUGGUUCGAGAACCUUUCGCAGCUGCGGGAGCUCUACCUCUCCUACAAUUUCCUGACAAGUCAGAUCGAGGAUGGAGCAUUUUUGAGUAACUUAAGGCUUUUGAAAAAACUCGACCUCUCGUAUAAUUAUCAUCUUCAAGCUUAUCCAGACACUGUGCGCCUAUCACCAACCUUCGCCAACUUGCAAAGCCUUCGCAUUCUGCAUAUCCAAGGUCUGGUUUUCAAAAAGAUCCAGAAUGACUCUCUUGCACCUCUUUACGGUUUGCAGAAUCUGUCUGUAUUAGAUAUAGGAGUCAAUUUUAUCGUAGCUGUGGAUUCAAAUAUAUUUAACCAAUUUUCUAAUUUACAGCUGCUGUAUCUGUCAGAAAACCGUCUCUAUCCAAUCACUAACUCUUCGGUUAGAAAUCCAGAUAAUAACAUAAUGCCAUCACACUUUGUCCAACCCGAGCUGACAGAUUCUGAAAAGACACUAGAACCCUAUCAGGUUAACAAACAGCUCGUCAAACCAGAGUGUGUCGCUGCUGGUCGUGUGCUGGAUCUGAGCAGAAAUAAUCUUUUUUUCAUUUCCCCAAAGCAGUUUGUAGACUAUAAAAACAUUUCCUGUCUCAACCUGUCUAGAAAUGGCUUCUCAUCAGCAUUAAAUGGAACAGAAUUCACAUCAUUGCCUAACCUAAAAUAUCUAGAUCUGUCAUUCAACAGGAUUGAUCUGGCUUACGAUUAUGCGUUUAAAGAAUUACAGGAGUUGGAGGUUCUUGACCUCAGCUUUAACCCACAUUAUUUUAUUGUUCCUGGGGUGACCCAUAAUUUGAAAUUCCUACAGAAUUUGCCUAAACUGAGAGUAUUAAAUAUGAGUUCCAACAGCAUUUUUACUCUAACAAGUAAGUACAUGCGCAGCAACUCACUUGUCGAGCUCCAGUUUCAGGACAAUGACCUUGCGAGGAUUUGGAGAGACAAAAAGUAUGUGCAGCUUUUCUGGAAUUUAACAAAUCUGACCUACCUUGAUAUAUCGCAAAACCACAUCCAGAAUAUCCCUACAGAAGUUUAUAAAUACUUGCCUCUCACACUAAAAAGAUUCAGAUUAAAUGGUAAUACCCUGAGGAGCCUGAACUGGACUUUGAUGAGGGCCUUUACACAGCUUGAGGAGCUCAGUCUUAGCUAUAACCUCUUGACGCAUGUCUCUCAAAAUAUAACCCAGAAUAUCCCGUCCUUGCGUUACCUCGACCUGAGCAAUAACAGAAUCUCUCAGCUGGCCACCCCAUUGCUCGAAGGUGCUGUCAACCUUAAAAUGCUAGAUCUGAGUCAUAAUAAAUUAACCACUGUUAAUCAGUCCACCUUCCCUUUAAAUCCGGCAACUGAUUUGAGCACUUUAUGGCUCCAUAGUAACCCCUAUCAUUGUACAUGUGACAUAUUGAACUUUGCCUUGUGGAUUUCGGGAACCAAAGUGAAAAUCCCCGAUCUGUACACUUUAGUGACUUGCAGUGCCCCGUUUUCAAACAAGGGCAAACUGCUGGUAGACUUUGACCUCAAGGAAUGCCUCGAUUGCCAAGUCGCCUUCCUGGCCUACUUCUGCACUACUUUGCUUAUUGUGGGUAUCACCUUUGUGACAACCUUGAUGCACAUUUUCUACUGGGACUUUUCAUAUGUGUUCUAUUAUGUGAAGGCCAAAUUCAAAGGGUACCAGCAAUUGAGCUCUGGAGAUAAUGUCUAUGAUGCCUUUGUCACCUACGACACCAAAGACCCACAGGUCUCAGAGUGGGUCUUGAACCAUCUCCGGGUUCAGCUGGAGGAAGAAGGUGAUCGCUUCCUUCCAGUCUGUUUGGAAGAACGUGACUGGCUACCCGGAUGCCCCAUCUUGGACAGCCUGACCCAGAGCAUUCGCCAGAGUCGCAAGACAAUCUUCGUCCUCACUCAGUCUUAUGUGAACAGUGGCUCGUUCAAGAUGGCCAUUUACCUGGCGCACCAGCGUCUUCUGGAUGAAAACGAGGAUGUGAUCGUGCUGCUCCUACUUGAGCCCGUGCUGCAGAACUCGCAUUUCCUGCGCCUGCGGAGGCGACUUUGCGGCCACAGCGUGCUCGAGUGGCCCCAGACGCCUGCCGCAGAGCCCUGGUUCUGGCAGUGUAUGAGAAAUGCAAUUCGGCUCGAGAACAAGGUCAUGUACAACAGCAUCUACUCCAGAUACUUCACUAUCAAAAAAGGACCCAGAGAGAAACUCCUGUCUGUUUUCUCUGCGCCCCACAAAUCAACCACAAAGAUGUCAGACAAACCCAAUCUGGAGGAAGUGACCAGCUUUGACAAGACCAAGCUGAAGAAGACGGAGACGCAGGAGAAAAAUCCUCUGCCUUCAAAAGAGACAAUCGAACAGGAGAAGAAGGCGAGCUCAUGAAACUUCUCACCAAGACUCCACUAUGCACUGCACUGUCUUCAUCUUCUCACCUUUUCUUUUCCAAAAAUUAGUUCCAUUACUUAAUACAUAAAAAAACCCCUAAGACUCCUUCUGAUUGGACGAAACAAAACUCCGUCUUGUGGCCCGUACCAUCUUUUUUUAUUUUUUAAAUAAAAAAGAAAGAACGCACCACUGCAAAAAAUGAUGGACGUGAGAGUUCCUGAUCAAGAGGAGGCGGGGCUUCAGCUUCAGGGUGGGGCUAAGAGUUUGAUUGACAACUUCAUGGGACUUCACUCUCCAGACCCGGGCUGAUGAUUCUUGCUGUCAGAUGUUGAAAAUCAUGCAGUGUUUUGUUGUGUUUUUUAAAGUUAAAUGUUUAAGAUUAUUUUAUAAUCUAAAAUUCAAACCUUUGAAUGCACAAUAUUUUGUUUAUGGAAAUAAAAGAGAAGAGAAACCUGUUCA